AUGGCGCGGCUGUUUCGCAAGCCGAAAGAUGGCGCAGGGGCCCAGCAGAAGGCUGCCGCCGUGCACGUCAGCGGGCACCCCACCAUCUUGAAGCUUUUGGAAGAGUACACGGGACAAGAUGACGAUCAGGGCUGUGACAACGGGGACAAAAGCCUGGCCGCGCCACUCCGGGCCCCUUCGUCGCCGGGGGCGGCCCAGCCCACGCCGCACCAGCAGCCGCCGCCACAGCCGGAGCAGCAGCAGCGGCGGCAGGAGUGGGAGCACGAGCGCGAGCGGGAAUGGCAGCGGGAGCGCGAGCUGGAGUGGGAGCUGGAGCGGGCGCGCGCUCGGGGGGACGCAGAUGAAGCGGCACCAGAUCUCGAGGUGCGGGACACCCUGCAGCCCAGCCCCUGCGUGGCUCCCCAGGGCUUGAGCUCCCCGCGGUCGCAGUCGCCGCAGCAGCAGCAGGACCAGCAGCAGCAGCAGCAGCAGCAGCAGCAGCAGCAGCAGCAGCAGCAGCAGGAGCGGCAACAGCAGCAGCAGCACCACCACCACCACGACCAGCAGCAGCAGCAGCUGUCUGGGCUAGAGGAGGGGGCCCCAGAAGAGCAGCACGCGCCCUCAAGCUUCGUCGCGCCGCCGCCGAGACGGUGCGCCUCGGCCGCGCCCCUCAGCCCCUCCCCGCGGGGCUCGCGCACGCCGACGUCUCAAGGCUCGCGCUCGCCGCAGCCUGCCGGCGCGCUGCCCCGCGGCCUCGUGUUGCACCAGCUGCGCCCCGGGCCGCCCCAACUGCGCCCGGAGCUCGCCGCUGCACGCCGCGCCGCCGGCGGGCGCCGCUCGCCGCGGUCGCCCGUGCAGGAGGAAGCCAGGCAGCAGCUGCUCGAGCUCUGCACGCGCGUCGGCCGCAUGCGGGGCCCGCUGCCCCCGGAGCAGCCCUGCUGGCGGCCGCCGCGGCCGCGCCGCGCGCGCGGCGCCCCCAAGCCGGACCGCGCGCGGCUGCUGGCGCAGCUCGUGCGGCUCGAGGAGGCGCGGCUCGAGUGGGGGCGAGGGCACCGCCCGCCGGCGCUGCCGCCGCUGCCGGCGGCGGACCCCGGUUCUGACAGCUGUGAGUAUGAUGGGGACAGCGUGUUGCAGGAGGGGAACGAGGAGGAGGGGGAGCCGGGCGAUGAGGGGAAGGCGCGGCCGCCGGCCGCGGCCGUCCGCGGCCCCUCCGCGCCGCAGCUGCGCACGCCGCCCCCAGCGGCCCUGUCGAGCCAGCCUUCCCGGGCGCGCCUGCAAGCCGCAGGGGACCGGGAGUCUGAGCGCCCAGCCCGAUUGGCGAGCCUCACCAACAGCGCGCGGCCCGGCGGCCCGGGGCGCCCCCUCGGCCCCCAGCGUGGCGCCAGCUUCCAGGGCCCCGCAGGCCGCCCGCCCACAGCGGCGGCGGCGGUGGCGGCCGCGGCGCAGCAGCUGCCGAGGCGCGCCCAGGGUGGGUCUGUGGCCGGCGCAACCGCGUCGGAGUUGGGGCUUAGCCGCGAGCCCUCUUGGCUGCGCCGGCCGCCGCUUGUGACAGGCGCGACGCGGCGCAGCCAAGCGAUGGUGCAGCGGCUGGAAUCCGAGCGGACACGCCUUGUCAGCAGCAUCUUCAAGCGGCUUGACGGCUGUGACGACGCGUCGUCCAUCGCGAGCGAGCAGCAGACGCCGCGCGCGCUCGUGCGCCUCAGCAGCGGGCGCGGGCGCGGCAGCUUCGGCGCCGGCGCGCCCGUGAGCGAGGAUGGCGGGGGAUUCGGCGCUGGCGGCGUGACGUGGGGCGCUCAUGAGCACCAGCCGGCGCAGGAGCCGGCGCCCGCAGGGCGGGUCAGUCAGUGUUCGGCCCUGGCCUCGGCGGCGCAGCCAGACAGCCCAGAUGCGCCGUCGUCGCGCGCCUGUGCGUGGCACAAGCUGUUCUCGUCAUCAGAAGAGGAAGAGGUGGUGGUCGCUGACGUGUCACGCCACCCCCGCUCGCCAGCCUCGCACAAGACAGUGGCACCGCCUCCCGCUCCGUGGCCGCGGCCCGCCCUGCCCCUACCAGAGCUUCCUCCAUGGCAGCCUCGCGAGCGCCGGUUGCUGCAGCCGGCCGCCCCGCAGCCGGCGCCGCAGCCGCAGGUCUCGUCUGCGCCCGCGUCGCCGGCCGCGCGCCAGGGCUCGCGGCAGAUAUGGGUUCGGGAGCCCCCCUCGUGCGAGGGACCGUGGGAUGCGCCGCCCCUGCAGCGUCCGGGCCCCGGCUCCCGUCGGGUCUCUCUCGAGUCUCAGCGCUCGCAGCGGCCCGCGCCGCUGCCGUGGGUGCCGCAGCCGACCGAGGCUUCAGGGGAGGACGGCGCGUCACUUUCUUCGCCUGUCUCGCGCCAGGGGUCGCUGCCUUGGCAGGUGCCGCUGUCCGAGCGGCUCACGGCGUCGUCGCGGCAGGGGUCGCUCGCGUCGCAGGGGUCCCACCGCGAGCCCCAGCGGCGGGCGGCAAUGCCUUGGGUCGCGCAGCCGCUGUGGGUAUCAGAGGACGUGGUUGCGUCCCCGGGGGCGCCUCCGGCGCGGCCGCAGCCCUCGAGGCAGGGUUCGCCCCGGUCACGGCUGGGCGGCCCGCCGCCCCAGGCCAGCCUCUCGCGCCAGGAUGCGCCGGCGGCCCAGCAUGGCACGCCCCCGCGGCAAGGCGGCGCGCCUUCAGAGCAGGGCAGCCCGCGGUUGCAGGGCGGCGUCGGCCCGCGACAGCAGCCGCAGAGCCUGCCGUGGCCGUCGCCGAUCUCGCACCUGCUGCUAUCGUCAUCGCGAGACGCCUCAUGCGGUUCUCAGGCGGAGGGGGAGGAGGGGCAGCGGCAGCGGCAGCAGGAGUCAGAACAGCAGCAGCAGCAGCAGCAGCAGCAGCAGCAGCAGCAGCAGCAGGAGGAGCAGCAGGAGGAGCAGCAGGAGGAGCAGGCAUCACAGCAGCUGUCACCGCGCUCGUCUGUGACGUCGCAGCCGCGGGCAGGGCCGUCGCCGGAAGGGUCGCUGCUGCGGCAGCGCUCUGCGCUGCGCUUGCCAGCGGGCCAGCCGCGGCCGCUACCGGCGCCGGCGCAGCACCCAGGGCUGCUGCACAGACACUCCCAGCAGCCCUCGCAGCAGCAGCAGCAUCCACUGCUGCACCAAGAGCAUUCUCUGCAGCAGCCUAUGGUGGCCCUGCGGCGCAUCAACGUUCGGCCUUGUUCGCCCGUGCAGCAGCGGCAGCAGCACGCCGCCUCCCCAUGGGGGCCCCUCCGCGCGCGCGCGCCGGCCACCAAGCCGCCCGGCAGCCCCGUCCGCGUGCCCGGCAAGGCAGGCCCCAGCAACGGGGGCGCGCCCGCCGCUGGGCUGGGCCGCGCGGGCGCGGCCGCAGCCGCCGCUGACAGCAGCGCGCUGCCGGGCGCGACGCAGCAGCCUCGGUCCCAAGCGGCCAAGUUGCGUGCCAUGGCCCUGGACACCUGCGUGAUCUGCCUCGAGGCGCCGUCCGAGGUUGUCUUCCUGCACGAGUCGUUUGCCCAUAGGUGCGCCUGCCGCGGCUGCGCGGAGGGCCUGGCGACGGGCGCGCCGUGCCCGCUGUGCGACGCGGCGGCGACGGCGGUGCUGCGGGUCUACUCUGCCGCCUCGAAGGACGCUGUGGCGGCGACGGCGACGGAGGGCCAGGGGCCGGAGGUGGCAGCGAGGGCGUAG